AUGUCCAAACCACCUGCUGCGGCCACCUCAGACACCGCAUUCCGCAAAACCUGGGAUCGGGAGGAAUACGCCAAAAAAGCCGCCGACGAAGAAGCCAAACGCAAAGCCGAAGGCAAAGCCCGCUACGAAGCCAAACUCCUCGGCAAGAAAUACCAUGCGCCCGUCGACUAUGGUUCACUCUCGGCAACUACAGCCCGCCAACAGCGACUCAAGGUCGAUUCGAUGGUGGGCAAAACGACAAUUGUACCUGCGGGCUCGGCGCUAGGCAAGCGCGGACGCGGACCGGGCUUCUACUGCGAGGACUGUGAUCUCACGUUCAAGGAUAAUAUUCAGCUUGUGGAGCAUUUCAAUAGCAAGCAGCAUUUGAUUGCUACGGGGCAGAGUGGAGAGGUUGCGAGGGCGACCUUGGAGGAUGUGCGUUUGCGGUUGCGGAUGCUGGCGCAUCAGAAGAGGGUGAGGGAGGAGGAAGAGCGGAGGGCGUGGCAGCUUGAUCUUGGGGAGAGAUUGAGGGAGCGGGAGGAGUUGGAUGCAAAGGAGCGGGAGGAGAGGAGACGCAAGCGGAAUGAGAAGCGUCGUAAGGGUGGCGAUGGUGUAAAGCAGGAGGAUAGCUGGGAGGGAAGAUUGGGAAUCAUUGCUUGA